AGUACUCAAGUGCUUUGUGUUGGUGUUUGUGUGUUACGAUAUGGUAGAAUGUAGCCUGUUAAUUGAAAGGUAGUGUCACCCCUUUGCCCAGAUAUUUGCCGAUCAAGAGUCACCAUGCCUAUAGGAGGUAACAUGAUGCAGAGCUACAUGGAGCAGCAGCUUGGCAGUCUCCAUGAUGCCAGCGCGCCCUCGGUGACCAGCUACAAGGACAAGGUGUUCUCCUUCCUCAUCGGCACAUUCGUCAUCAGCAUCCUACCUUAUCUACAUAUUGGUGUAUUCCAUUUGUGGAUGUGGGUUCCAGACAAGCCUGUCAUCACAAGAAACAACUGCACGUGCUCCUGCUUCGAUACCGUAAUGAGAGGAGAAUAUGAACAACCAGGCACUACUGGAUACAAGCAUGUGUACUUCAACGCCACCUGGCAGACGUUCCGUAUAUGGAUCUUCACCAUUGUCUUCGUUCUACUGGCGUAUGAGAGCAUCAAGUACCUGAUACCAUUGGUGCGGCGGAGAAAGUUGAGGGCAUCCAUGUUUGCACUGUAUAUUGUUAACAUCUACCCGCACUACUACUCAUGGUGGAGCUACUUCAGCUACUACAACGAGGAUUUCUACACUUACUUCAAGCACCACCUCUGGUUCACCAUCACAGAAAUGAUCACCACUUGUCUCGUUCUCAACCUCUCGGACAUCCGUAAUGAAAUUAUCUCUUGGAAGAUCCUUGCCAUAACCAGUAUCAACGUCAUGCACAUCCUUGUUGGGGGCAUGGACCAGUUUAUUGCUGAUGUCAUUUAUGGACAGGGCAGAAACUUCCACAAGGCCAGAAAUAUUGGACUGAUGAUUCCAGACUGUCUACAUGUCAUCAUUCCCCUCUGGGAGCUGUACAGAUUCGCCAAGCGUAAGGAACUCAAAAUUAACGAGAUCUGCUACAAAGAGGAAAUAUUCCUUUGCAUAUUGUUCAUCUCGAUGGGAACUCUAGUGGGUCGGCUCAUGUAGGGCCGUGGUUUUUGUAUAUUUAAAGCAUUAAAAAACAUGUUGAAAUUCUCAGAUUGCUUCAUGUUCCAUAUUCAUAUUGUGCAUCUCCAUGGGAACCAAAGUGGGUCGGCUCAUAUAGCCAGUGGCUGUUGUAUGUUUACUGCAUUUAAAAACCUAACACAAAAUCUCAGAUUGCUUCAUGUUCUGAUUUAGCCUGCUAGAGUUUAAAGCUGCUUUUGUUAUUCCAAAGACCUUGUCUUCCAAAAAUAAUUCUAUGGAUGCUUAAAAAGCUUCAGUUGUUGUUUAAUAAAACUACGUUUGUUACUGUGACAACUAUUUUGUUUGUACUAAAUAUGUUCAGUUGUGUUUGUGAAUGCACUUGGUGAGGUUGAAAUAUUAUCUUUAUAAACACUAGUGUGUUUCUGUGCUUUACUCAAGAAACCUCACAUGCUAUCACGUAUAUAGAACUACGCAGUUCAUUCUUGCCAUUUUUUUAUUUUAUUCAACCUAUUUCAAUGCAAUUUUCUGUAUUUUGGUCACUAAGAUGUUCCACAGAUUUAGUUACUCUAAAUCUAUUAUGCUAAUGACCGCAUGAAGGCAUAUACCAAUAGUGAUUUCUUCAACUUUUCUUGCGUCUGUCCGUACGAGAUUAACGCAAAAUCACAUGUUUCGUUUGACAUCUUUAAUGUUUCUAAAAAAGGUUUGAUUCUUGCACAGUUGAUGUCUUUGAAUAUAACAGCAUGACCAAAACGACCUUAGUUUGACAUUAACAAUGACCUGCGUUUUUACUAAAACUUAUUCAGAAAGUUCAACGUCUUGGUUAAUUUCAAAUGACGUGUUUUGUCUACCAUCAACACAUCUUGUCACAAAGUUUCGAUACUUGCAUGAAUAUUAUCUAUCAAAACUCUCAACACACCCACAUAACAUAACCUUAUCACCGGAUUAUGACAUUGACAUCGACCUAUUUUUUUACUUUGAUUUAUUUAAACGAGGCCAAUAAAUAAAAACUGUCCAGUUUUCCACGGGCCAUUUGGGUUUAGAGAACUAAACAUCUUUUUCUCAGUGGUUUGUGUAAUUGAACAAAAAUGUUAUUUGUGUAUUUAACUGUCAUCUUUUACAUAUUGAAAUAAAGUGCAGUUGCACACUUCUAUUUCAAACAUCAUUAUUACAAUAAUGGCUAUUUUGAACAUUUCCCAGGGGUCUCUUUCUUUUUUUCCUUAUUUAUUUUACUAAAAUAUGAAUAGUUAAUUCGAACUUCCUGCUUCAAAAUUACAUCUAUUACUAACUGAAAUUGCGUUGCCAACUGUGUGUUUUGCUAGACUUUUUAAUGAAAUACAAGCUAAUGGCACUGGCAUUUGCAUCAUUCAGCGUCUGAGAGGUGUAAAAAAAAUUUUGAAAGCCAGUAUCGUAGGAAUGGCCUGAGUUAUUUCAUUCUAACUUAAAACACAUAUUCCCAGUAUUAAAAUGACCCCAAUUUUGGUUAAUCCUGUUUGAAAUUAUGACAAAAUUAUUGACCAUUUUACACUUAAAAAUUUAUAUAUGCAAUAGAAAAAGCAGGUUUAAGUUUUAUGGUAAGCAAGUUCCAAAUGAAUGGCUUGAGAGAUUACAUCCAGUCUUAAAACAAAAAUCUUUAUACUACAAUGAACUGAUAGAACUAGAGUUUGGUUAAUCUAGUUAAAAAUUUGUCAAAAUUAAGGGCUGUUUUAUAUUUUUAAAUAUACACAAAUGAGCCAGGUUCAAGUUUUUUGAAAGCUAGUUUCUCCCAAAAUGGCUUGUACAGGAAAAUCCAAAUAACCAAAGGUUUUAUUUGGGUUUUGAAAUUCCUACAGUAGUAUUUUUAAUUGAUUAACACAUUUUAGCUUAUGUGUUAUUUUAUAGCAUACUAACUGCUAACUGUUAAAUGAAUAAGUACAAAAUAAACAUCACCAUUUUAGAUUUUCCAAAUUAGAACUAUUUUGAUGGCCUAAAGAAAUGAAAUAGCGUUGUAAAACUUACUGUAUUAGUUUUUCGUAUAAUUAAUGUUUAAAAUUAAUUUUUCUUAAAAUAUUUUUAAAAUUGAAUGCUAUAUUCUUAAAAAACUCAAAGUCAACAAAAAGUUUACAUAUAAAAUAUUUUGUAAAAUAAAGUUAACCCAUUUAAAAUCAGUGUUCUGUAUAGCAAAAUCCACAAUUUCAAUGCUAGAUGUGGUCUGGUUUCAUAGAUUGUUUGAUAGUUUGACUCGAAUUUGAGUGUAUUUUCAAUUUUUUUAAGUGUAAUAAUUUGGUGCAAUCCACAGUUUACAUGUAUGCUUGUAUGGGGCUGAAAAUAUAUGGGCCUUACUCUUUGAUAAUGGGGUUUAAUGCAUGUGCGUAAAGUGUAGUUCCAGAUUGCAGUCUGCACAGGCUAAUCAGGGGCAGAACUUUCUACUUUUAUUGUAUUUUUCAGUUAAAGGAAGACCCUUCUUGUUGAAAAUCAAUGUAAGGCGGAAUGUGUCGUACCGAUUAGCAUUUGCGGACUGCACAGGCUAAUCUGGGAGGACACUUUACGUACAGUAUAUAAUUGUAUUUUUAAAGUUAAGUUUUGUAUUGUUUUGUUCACGCGUAUAAAUUUAUAGAGUCAAUGUAAAUUUAAUGUUAUUGUAUCUGAAUUAAAUCAGGUAAUUUGUCCCCUACCUGUCUCACCAGAGGGGACUUAUGGUUUGCGCUCUGUGCGUCUGUCUGUGAGUCUGUCUGUCACACUUGCCUGGAUCCUGCGAAAACUUAAGAAGUUCUUCAUAUUUUUUAAUGAAACUUAAAAAAUGGAUAGAUGGCAAUAUGGACAUUAUGCACUUCAUUUCAUUUUGUUCCUACGUCAAAAA